AUGGAGAGCCUCAAAGAGGCUGACUCUGCAAUCUCUGCCUAUAAACAACUGCAGAAGACCAUUCUCAACAACAGAAAGAACAUCAGAGAAGAGGUACCUGCAAGACGGAGGAUCAACAAGGAGAAGGUCCUCAAACAGCGCAGAAAUAUUAACAGCGCAGAGUUAGUACUAGAAGAGCUUCUCCAAGUAACACCAAAACGCAUCACUUGCCCCAGAUCUGAAAGCUCAGAGAGUCUAAACCUCAGAAGAUUGGAAACCCAGAAAAGGAUUAAGAACAACAGAGACUGGGUUCUCCAGAGUAGGAGGAGACUCAGAUAUCUGAGCCCAGUGGAAGACAAAAAUGGCGCAAACAGGUCCAGGCCAUCAUUUAUCAACACCACAUCCAGACAAUACGAACAUCACAGCUGCAUGGUGUCUCCAGCCAAUACAUCAGGUGAAAGCCUAAAGCCAUGUCCUGGCAUUUGGCUCAUCCCAACUGAGCACUCCAACAUCAUGGCCCUACCAACAAGGGACAUGCCAGUAAAUGGCUCUUUUAAGAACUGGGAUGUGCCGGCAGAAGAAAGCCUUUAUCCAUCAUGUGGUCUUAUUAACACCAAAACAUCUAUUGACCAUGAGGACCUCCCUUUCCUUAAAGAACUCGGAAAAGGAGGCUAUGGAAAGGUUCUUUUGGCACAAGAUCAAGACACCGAGGAGCUACUGGCUGUCAAAAUAAUGGAGAAAAAGCUCAUGAACACCAAAAUCUCCGUAGAGCUUGAGAUCAUGGAACUGGCUGUCGGGAGUCGCUUCCUGACCUACCUGCGAACAUCUAUGGAGACAGCAAAGUAUUUCAUCAUUGUCAUGGAUUAUAUGGCCGGAGGAGACCUGCGCCAAUUUAUGGCAGGAAAGCUGCCUUUAAAUAUGGACACAGCAAGAUUCUUUGCAUCAGAAAUGGUCUGCGGACUUCAGUUCCUGCAUGAACACGGCAUCAUCCACCGUGACAUAAAGCCUGCUAACGUCCUCCUAGAUAACAUCGGACACAUCAGAAUCGCUGACUUUGGACUAUGUGCCAUUGGCGUAUUUGGGGAGGACAUGCAGACAGGCUAUGCAGGGACAGUUGGAUACAUCGCCCCAGAGAUGAUGAACGGAGAACCUUACAAUCAUCUGGUGGAUUCCUUUUCCUUUGGCGUCACGGUAUUCAAGAUGCUAACAGGUGAUCAGCCAUUCAACAGCUACGGGACAAAAAUGCAGUAUAAACGAUCUCUGCAAGAGGACGAGCCUUAUUAUCCAGCAUGGAUGUGCCCAGAUGCCAUCAACAUCCUACAAGGGCUCCUCAGCAAGUCCCCAUGUAGCCGCCUGGCAGUAACAUCUACCAUCAGAUCACACCCGUUCUUCAGACCAGUAAACUGGUCCAAUGUGGAGUCCGGCAGCACCCACCCACCUUUCCAUAUGGACAUUCGACCAUCUCACAGUCCAGAACUGGAAAGGAGAAGACGAUCUUCAACAUCAUCAUCGUCUUCAACAUCUACAGACUCCUAG